GCCGUCACGUCACGAUGUGGAGGUCGAUACUUGCAAGACAUGCUUCUCGGAACACCGUCACUGCGUCGUCACGUUUUCAGGUCGCUCUCUCAAACCCUAACUUUCUGAAACCCUCAUCCAAAUCAACUUCUCUUUCCUCUUCCUCUUCGAGGGUUUUCCCUCAAUUUGCAUAUUUUCACAAAACCCCUCGCUUCUUCUCCAAUGAGGCCUCGCUCUCGCUCUCGGUUGAUUCUUCAGAAAAUGAUGGUGGUGUUGUUCACGAGGCUAUUGCAGAAGAAGAAGAAAAAGUAGUAGAAGAAGAAGAAGAAGAAAAAGUAGUAGAAGAAGAAGAAGAAAUGUAUGAGAUUGACGUGAACAAGUUGGAGAACGUUCUGAGUCUUCUUAAGACUAGUGCUGAUGGGUCGUUAGAGUCAUGUCUUGAUGACAUGGAUUUGACUCUACAUCAAGAUCUUCUAAUCAAAAUAAUUGAAACCCCAUUUGUUUUGGGUGAGAAUCUCAUAAGGUUUUUCAACUGGGCCUGCAAUGAGAAAUCAUUUAAGGUCACAACCCCUGUUGUGGAAUCUCUUGUUUUUGUAAUAUGCAGUGGUUUGAAGAAGAAACAAAUUUACAUUCUUUGGGACUUGGUUAAGGAUAUUGGUGAGAAAGAGGAGAAUGGGGUGAUCAAUGUGAGGAUUCUCAAUGAAUUGAUAAUUUCAUUCUCAAAAUUGGGAAAAGGAAAAGCUGCAUUGGAGGCAUUUGAUAAAUUUGAGGUUUUUCAUUGUGUGCCAAAUGAAGACACGUAUUAUUUUACAAUUGAGGCUCUUUGUAGGCGAUCAGCGUUUGAUUGGGCUUGGACUGUGUGUCAAAAGAUGCUUGAUGCACAGAGUUUGCCUGAUGGUGAGAAAGUUGGUAACAUGUUAUGUUGGUUUUGUAAAGGGAAAAAGGCUAAAGAAGCUCAUGCAGUGUAUAUGGCAGCAAUAGAGAAAGGGAAGCGUCCACCUAUGUCUUCUAUGAACUUUUUGAUUGCUAAACUCUGUCAAGAAAAUGAGAAUGUGCAAUUAGCUUUUGAGAUGUUGAAUGAUAUCCCUGGGGAGAGGAGGAAACAUGCAAUAAAGUCGUUUUCGGCUGUUGUUCGAGCCUUGUGUAGGAUUAAAGAUGUUGAUGCGGCCAAAGAGUUGAUCUUAAAAAUGAUUGCUGAUGGUCCACCUCCAGGAAAUGCUGUUUUCAAUUUUGUUAUUACGGCCUACUGCAAAGUUGGGGAAAUGGGACAAGCUUUGGAGAUGGUAAAACUACUGGAAAGUAGAGGUUUGAAACCAGAUGUGUACACUUAUACUGUUCUUGCUAGUGGUUAUUCAAAUGGUGGUGAGAUGGAAGAGGCUAGGAAGAUCUUGGGGGAAGCUAAAAAGAAGCAUGUUAAGUUAAGUCCUGUAAUGUAUCACACUCUAAUUCGUGGAUACUGCAAAUUAGAACAGUUUGAUAAGGCUUUGGAAUUGUUGAUUGAAAUGAAGGAUUUUGGUGUCUGUCCUAGUGUUGAUGAAUACGAGAAGUUGAUCCAGUCUCUCUGCUUGAAGGCUUUGGAUUGGGAAAAGGCAGAAAAGCUGCAAGAGGAAAUGAAAGAGAAUGGUUUACAUCUCAAGGGUAUUACCAGGGCCCUGAUUAGAGCUGUCAAGGAGGUGGAAAAUGAAGUUGUGGAGGCUGAAAGCAUUAGUUCAGUGGCCUAAAUUUUGUUGGCUCUUUGAGGUGGUGUGACAUUAAUGUGAGAGGCCUGCUAUUUGUUGGGUUGGGUUGGAUAAGAAUUAGUAUCUGUGCCUUCAGACCGCCACACACAGACACACCAAGAAGAAGAAAUAGAGGUGCUGUUUACAAAUUGAAUUUUAGUGUCUUUUACAAAUUAUAUUUGCUGUUUUUGGUAGGAUUCUCUUUCAAUGUGUAGGUGCCAUCUGGAUCAAUUUUUUAUUCUUAAUUUUGUAGUCUUUGAUUGCUAAUAAGGAACAUGAUUAUAAUAGUACUUAGUUACUUAAUGUU